ACAUGAAUUUAUUCUGCAUCUGUCACUUUAUAGUUGUGCAUCCACUUUGGGAAAGUGCUUUAAAUGUUUAAAUGAAACAAGUUCAGCGAUAGUUUGUGUUCAUGCCAGUAUAGAGGACAGAGGGACUGCAGUGCAGCAUGUUGCUUCUGGUCUAUACAGAGGUAAUGAAGUGAAUUGCGUCAGUGGCGCACGCAGGGUAGGCUUGAAAUGCGCCUGAUCUGGCCAGGCGGAUGAAAGUAGAGGCGCACUGUGGGGAGAGAGGAAAAAGUUCUCAACAAGGAGAGGCAGGACUACUCUUACGGAGCCCCUGCAGUCUCACUUUUUAUGCCUCUAAAACACUUUCCCCGCCAUCCUUUUGCAUUUUUUGCUCAGCAACGACGCUUUUACGUUUCCCAGAGAGAAUUGCUACUUUUUUUUUUUUUUUUUUUUUUUUUUUUUUUUUUUUUUUUGACUUAAGUGAAAGCACCAGCACCAUGGAGCUGCUCUGCCUCGAAAUGGACACCAUCAUACGAGCUCGUCCCGAUCCGAACCUCCUGUGCGAUGACAGAGUCCUGCAGAGCUUGUUGACCAUAGAGGAGAGAUUUCUACCCCAAUAUUCCUAUUUCAAAGGCGUCCAGAAAGAUAUUCAGCCCUUUAUGAGGAGGAUGGUCGCGACUUGGAUGUUGGAGGUUUGUGAGGAGCAGAAGUGCGAGGAAGAAGUUUUUCCCCUGGCCAUGAACUACUUAGACAGAUUUUUAGCCGUGGUACCCACCAAAAAGUGUAACCUGCAGCUGCUAGGAGCAGUGUGCAUGUUUCUUGCAUCCAAAUUGAAAGAGACUCGUCCAUUAACCGCAGAGAAGCUUUGCAUCUACACAGAUAACUCCAUCAGACCACAAGAGCUGCUGGAAUGGGAACUGGUGGUGUUGGGGAAGUUGAAGUGGAACUUGGCAGCAGUAACGCCGAACGACUUCAUCGAGCAUAUUGUGAGGAGGCUGCCGCUGCCCGAGGAUAAGCUGGCACUUAUACGCAAACAUGUCCAGACCUUCAUCGCCCUCUGUGCCACAGAUUUCAGAUUCGCCAUGUACCCUCCCUCCAUGAUUGCCACAGGAAGUGUGGGGGCAGCAAUCUGCGGCCUACAGCUGGAUUCAGCUGACCAGUCACAGUGGGGCGACAGCCUGACAGACCUGCUGGCCAAAAUCACAAACACAGAAGUGGAUGUUCUCAAAGAGUGCCAGGAGCAGAUUGAGCGCGUGUUGGUGAGCAGCCUGCGCGAGGGGCGACAGCAGCAGCAGCAGCAACAGCAGACACAGAGAGGCCCCAGCGGGAAAGGCCUGGACGAGCUGGAUCAAUCCUCCACCCCGACAGACGUCCGCGAUGUAAACUUGUGAACCACCAGAGGGCGUCGUUGCACAGGAUUUACAACAACAAAAAAUCAUCAUGAAAAAAAAAACCCCUCAAUUUUGUUAAAAGCAGAAAAAAAAGAACAAAAGAACAAAAAAUGUUAAAAACACAAGCCCUUUAAAAGAAAAAGAACAAUGCUUGCUAGUUUUUUAUUUGUAGAUUUUCUGUUCUUCAAGUCCAAAACACCUACCCACGAAAUAGAUUUUCUGUGAUGUUCUUGUCUAAAAGCAACGCAUUUGAUACAAGAUGAAGCUCUGUGGUGCCUUGGAUAUACAGAAGGGAAGCCAAUCAUAUUUGCAUUCUGCCUUUGAUUGUAUAGUAUGAUCUUUAAGUUAUAUUUUAACCAUAGCUUGAUAAUGAGGCUCUUAUGUUAGAAGUUGUGGAAACCAUUCAGAAAACUGCAUACAUGGGAUCACAGUGGGGCUUAAGUUUUUUUUUUUCUGUUUUGUUUAAUAUGAGUAUUAUCACUAUUACGUUUGUGGCUGGUGUAAGAGAGGACGAGAUCUCCCAUCAGAAGAGACAGACAGAAGAAGCCGUGAGAACAUUAUGCUAAAAGUUGGUGGGUCCCAAUUCCAGGGAACAGGCAGGAUGAUAAUAAUUAUUGGUAGUAUUAGUAAUUAUUAUAAUUAAUAUUAUUAUUGGACAUAUUUUUGGAACUCAGUAGUAGAGAUCAAUAAGCUCCUUUUGUCAGGCUGCUUGUGUGCGUCAGUGUUGGGGUGCAGUCUGCAAGCGUGUGUGUUUGUAUGUGAGUAUGCCAGUUUGCAUGCAUGCCUGUAUGUGUGUUUGUGUGUGUGUUGUGUGUGGUAUGUGUGGUGUAUGAAUGCUUCAUGUGAUCCUGUAUCUAUAUUAGCAGUGUGCAUUCAAUGGUGUGAGGCAGUCGUAGAUUUACGGUUCUUUGUUAAAAGACGAUGGAGCGAGCGAAGGUUACACACACUUUGUCCGUCAGUAUAACAGGGCAUCUAUGCGAUAUCACUGCCUUCAUGCAUUAACAAUGUGUCAUGGUUCAUUGUUGGCCAACAAUAAACUAUGACCGAGACAGAGAAAGACUUAGUGAAGGAGGACAUGGGCGAAGGGGCCGUCACAUAGAGCCCCUUUAUCUGUCUAAGAGCAUUUUUCCCGAGGUGUCUCGCCUCACACUCAGAGGUCAUGUGAGGUGUUUGUUUAUUACUGCCAUUCUGUUAAUGAAAUAUUACAGAUACUUCAUUUUUUUUCACGUUGUUACAAUAUGGUGUUUCUUAAGUUGUGAAAGGCUGCUUUGAGUCUGGAGAGUACUAAUGACCUCCCAUAUGUGCAGUGUGUAUGGCACAUGUGCAAACAAGAGAGGACGAUGUCUUGGAAGAAAGUAAGGCUGGAGGAUGUCGGACUCCUCCAUGUUAAUUAGCAGGGAGGGAACAGGGUGUGGCGUGAGAAGACUUAGAAAGAGAGGGACAGUUUGCAACUAAGAAGUCACUGUGGAACUGUGGAAGGCACAUGAGUGCACAGCACAGGAUGGUAGGACAGAGAGGAUUUUAGUGGUGCAGGAGCAUGCUGCUGUGUGGAGGAUUUACAGCCCGUGGCUGGAAGAUGAUAACGAACAAAAGAUGCCCAAAGGCCUCACGAUGAAACUUUGAUAUCUGCAUAUUUGGAUGGAAUCAACAUUCAUUUCACAUAAUGGAUGUCUACACCGACUCAGCUAAGUGAACUAAAACGUUCGGGGUUUCCAUUUGCAUGGAAAUGAAAUGAGGAACUAAGACUGUACGCUGCCAGAUCAUGUGAGGAUGAACUUUUUUUGGGGUGGGGGGGGUGUAGAGGAGUACAGGAUGAUAAUAUACUGUCAAUGCAUCUGGAGUCCCACAUAGGGUUGUUUUUUUUUAGCUCCCCUAUAUGAUUUCAAUGGCAAAGCACUUUGAGAACAUGCUCCCCAGGAGAUAAGUACAAUGAAAUGCGUUGGGUGGUGAUUAGAGGUGAAUGGAUGUGUUCUUUUAUUCCUUGUUAGCCUUUUCUUUGGUUUACUUUGUAGGGCUGGUUUCCCAAUUGUCAGACAUACCCUUGUCAAGCAAGAGUCAAAUUAAAAAAGGCUUUCCACAACUUGCGACGAGAGGACAUUCCGAUCAGAAAAAAAGAGAGAAAAACAAAAAAAAACAUUCCUAUUCAAGCAAAGUGCUCGUUGAUGGGGAGUCUGACUGUGUUCGAGAAUUUGAACAAAUCGAAAAUGCCAAUAUGAAUCUGAAAAUGCCUACACAGAGUUCACUGAUCCAUGGGUUCUGUUUGAUUUUAUUUUACAUUGUCAAGAAAUGAAAUAUUUGUUUUUACUUGAAUUUUUUUUUCUUCAUAUUUAUCUGCGUCACAGCCACAGAUAGUCACACAGGGCAGCGAUGAGCUACAAGAGAGGGUGGUGGUAACAUCCAAUAUUUGCACAUGUUCUUCAGAGGGCAAUGAGGUUUGCAUUUAAAGACAGAGCAGAGCCUUUGUUCAGAAACCACCUUAACUGAUGUGCGUUGCAGUGGUUGGUCAGUUUUCUAUGGUGCUGGCUUCAGGCCGAUUGUCUGUCAGUGAACACAUGUGACCCCUGUGAGCUUUGCUGCUUUGAAUCAUUGGCAAGGGGGCUCAUCAGCCAAACAGACAUCAGCACAACACAAGAGACGGAUGAUUUUUGUUUUGUUUUGUUUUCAUGGGACACGUUACUUUGCCAACAGCAAGGUGUCUUCGACUUAAUGCUUGAGUUUUUUUUUCAUGAUGGUAUGUGACUUUGCUGAGUGUAUGUUUGUCAGACUGAAGAAAAAUAAGGGGGAUCUAAUGUUAAAGUGAUGCUUUUCAGUAAAACUUGGCAAUUUAAUGACACAUUUGCCAAAACAUCCCCGUCUGAAUAUUUGAUAUGACCUCUUCAUUUUGCCUCUGUUUGCCUGAUGUAAGCUCUCUCCCAAACUUAAUGGUUGUGAUUUUCUUUCCUGCAAUUUAUUGUUGCAUGUGUUAUAUAUUGAGACCACCUUUUUCAAUUUGUGUUUGAUAUAUUUUAUGGGGUGACCAGACCCGCAAAAGGGGUUUUUCUAAGAUUAAGAGAUACUGUAUUCCAAAGUGAAGAGAGGACAGAGGAGGAGGUGUGAAGACAUCAAGAAAAAAGUGUCAAUAUUUUUAUUGAGUUAUUGUUGUCUUUUUGCGCUGCUAAAAGCUAUGAAUUUGUUUCAUUUAUACAAAAAAUAACAUUACCUAGUUGUGAUGUGUCACUUGAGUGUGCUGCUAUUUUAUAAACAUUUGUAUUAUAAUAUAAUUAUUUUACUGCUUAAGAGAUACAUUCAGAGAAAAAAAAAACGAAGUAGAUGGUGAUAGAAGAACAUGAAAUGAGUAUUCGACUGGAAAUGUUCUUUGUACAGUUUGACAGUUUGCUUAGAUAGCAUGUCUCCUUUCCCCCUUUUUUUAUCUUAUUUGCUCUCCUUCUUCAGUCACAUUCUGCAUCAGUGGUAUUUCCUAUACCUCAGGAUUACUGGACAAAAUAAAACACAAACAAAUCCAUCACCUAUACCUCUGCAGUUAGGUAGCCUGGAACGGAGGAGAUACAAUACAGUGGGGGUGGAGGAGGAAAAGCAACAACACAUUAACAUUUUUGUGGAUGAUUCCCACUGUUUUAGUGGGGAAACAACUUGCUCAGUGAGAUGGGAAACAGGAAAUAUGCAAGGUUUCCACUUGGACUUAACCUAUAGUGGAGGGGGGGCAUGACAACAUUUCUCCGGGGGUGUUUAUUCCGUAGAUAGUUCAAGCAUGUUCAUUUCUGUUCAUGUUGGUGCUACAUCUGACUUGUUGUGUGCGAGAGAGGGGAAAAAUAAACAGCAUUCCUAUGAUGGCCAAAGUACAGUUCUUGCUUUAUACAACCACGAUCACUCUGAAUGUCAGUAAAUAUGGAUUCUGUAUGUAAGAAAGACAUGUUUUGGUCUGAAAUAUUGUUUGUGCGCACCAUUGUAACUGCCACAUAAUAAUGGGUUGAGCUACACCUGUCAUGUCCAACCAUAAAUAUUCUGAUAUCUGGAAGUUUCAAUGGUGCAGAUUUCCCUUUGAGUUGCCCCCCCUCCACUAUAACUCAUAUCAUGUACCUCAAAUGUCUGUUGCACAACCUCUGUUCAAUAAACUUCUGCUUUAAAGGGUGUGACACCACAUCAGCUCACUA